AUGUCCCUCGUAUACUACGGACCCCGGCCGCUACAGCCGCUAAAUUCGAAAAUGCGCCAUGGUUUCGACGAGGACUACAAUUCCGAGCAGUUUCUCCUGCUGCUAGCGAACACGUUUUACAUAUACUUUGACGAUAAGCGCCAUAACACCAACGGGAAUCCUGUCACGGAGGAAAUGAAACGGCUUCCGGAGUACGCCAAGAACCACCAGCCGAUCCGCGACUGGAAAGUCAUGAAGGAACGCCAGAAAACCAUCAGUGCCGUUUUGGUGCUUUGUUUGAACUUGGGCGUGGAUCCUCCAGAUAUCAUGAAAACAUACCCGUGUGCCAAGCUCGAGGCGUGGUGUGACCCUUCGGCGUUUCCCGAUACAAAGAAGGCGAUCGAGGCGAUUGGAAAGAACCUACAGAGCCAGUACGAGACGCUUUCCUUGAGAACUCGCUACAAACAGCUGUUGGAUCCGUGUGUGGAGGAUGUGAAGCGUUUUUGUAACACGCUCCGGCGAAACGCCAAGGACGAACGCAUCUUGUUUCACUACAACGGCCACGGCGUUCCUCAGCCUACCGCCAGCGGCGAAAUCUGGGUCUUUAACCGUGGUUACACCCAGUAUAUCCCCAUUUCCUUGUACGACCUACAAACGUGGCUCGGGGCGCCGGUUAUUUUUGUGUACGACUGCAACUCCGCUGGAAACAUUGUGCACAAUUUCAAGAAGUUCGUCCAGAAACGUAUCGACGACGACAACGAGGGCAACCACGAUUUGAGUGCUCCCUCACCUACAUCAUCAUACCUCGAUUCGAUCCAAUUGGCAGCAUGCAAGUCCAACGAAACGCUCCCCAUGAGCCCUGAAUUGCCCGCAGACUUGUUCACCGGCUGCUUGACGUGUCCAAUUGACAUCUCCAUCAAGUGGUUCAUCAUGCAGCUGCCGCUCAAGGACUCGUACUAUCUGAUGCUCCCACGCAACAGCAACGGCAACGUGAUCAUCCCUGGCAAACUCACAGACAGAAGAACGCCAUUGGGUGAGCUCAACUGGAUCUUCACCGCCAUCACAGACACAAUAGCAUGGACCUCGCUCUCGAGGCCGAUUUUCAAGAAACUCUUCCGUCAGGACCUCAUGGUGGCUGCACUCUUCAGAAACUUCCUUUUGGCCAAGAGAGUCAUGCCACAUUUCAACUGCAAUCCCAUCAGUGAUCCGCCUUUACCCGAGUCGGUGCGUUUCCACUCCAUGUGGAACUCCUGGGACUUGGCCAUCGACCAGGUUUUCGCCCAGUUGAUCAAGAACAAUAAUCCCGAUCCGUACUCAUACACGGUUCCCACGCCGCCACCACCUCCAGUUCCACAGAACAAUGUCACCCCACAGUCGACUUCAAACGGAAACUCAAACGGCAGCCGUGCCAGCAUAUCCUUGUCUCAACAGCAAAAUCAACAACAGCCGCUUCCAAACCAGCGCCAGAUGCUCUCAAACUACCAGCACUCCACCUUUUUCGAACAGCAAUUAACAGCAUUUGACAUUUGGUUGAAAUACGAAGGGCCAUCUACAAAGAAUCCACCCGAGCAGCUACCUAUCGUGCUUCAAGUCUUGCUCUCCCAGGUCCACCGUUUGAGGGCGUUAAUAUUGCUCUCAAAGUUCCUCGAUUUAGGACCUUGGGCAGUCUACUUGUCUCUUUCUAUUGGUAUUUUUCCAUACGUGCUCAAAUUACUUCAGAGUCCAGCGCAGGAAUUGAAGCCUGUUCUUAUUUUCAUCUGGACCAGAAUCAUGGCCAUUGACUACAAGAACACGCAGCAAGAACUCUGCAAAGACAAAGGCUACAAUUACUUUUACCUCAUUCUCAACUCCAGUCCACUGAACUCUAUUGGUGCUCCUGGUGCUCCAGGAGGAAACAUGAACGGUGCAAAUGGAGGCGCCACUUCAGUCAUGGUCAAUGACGAUCACAAGGCCAUGAGUGCGUUCAUCUUGACGCUUUUCAUUAAAGAUUUCAGAAACGGCCAGCGUUUGUGCUUCUCUAUCGAGCUUGUCAGCAACUGUCUCAAAUUUUUGCAACUGAGUGAGAACCCAUUACUCAGACAGUGGUGUUGCUUACUUCUUUCGCAACUUUGGUACAAGUACAAGGACGGAAGAUGGAUUAUCUAUAAAGAUGGCUAUCUCGCAAAGUUCCUCACUUUGAUUAAUGAUCCGAUCCCAGAGGUGAGAACUUCUAUCAUCAUUGCACUUACUACAUUCUUGACUGACCCGAACGAACUGUCCAAUGAACUGCCAAAGAAAAACGCUAAUCAAGGCAAUGGCAUGAACGCUGAUUUGAGACUGGACGAGUUACGCCAGCAAGACCUCAAGUUGGCUAAUGUCAUUUUACGCCUUAUGGGCGAUGGAUCUACUAUUGUCCGCAAGGAGAUUGUCUUCUUCAUCAAUCGUUUCAUCAAGGUAUACAAUAAGUUUUUCAUGGUUGUGGCCUUCAACCAACUUGAGGAGGAGAUUGUUCUUAUUGACAACCCAAACAAUUUGCAUGAGUUCCGCAAAAAGUCACCUGCCUAUGGCUCCAUCUUCAGUUCCAUCUGGAAAGCACUUUUGAUCUUGUCUGAAGAUCCACAUCUCGAAGUGAAGCAGCUUGCCGAAACUCUCAUUGACUCAGUCAUGGUUAAUCUUGGAGAAAGCGAGCUCGGUGAACUUGUCAAAGAAAUGCAAGACUACUUGUUGAGCAAGUCUACCAUCAGCAUCUCUGACAACUUAAAGCCUGUGCAGCCUAUCGUUAAUCGUACACCCAUGCUCUUGCAAGGAAGCGAUGGUGUUCGUAGACAAGCAUCCAGUGGUUCAGUUCUCAAUAGAAAGAACGCAUUGACAAUUGAUGGCUCAUCUUUGAAGACGAGAGCUAUCUCGCAUGGAAACAUGAACAGAGGCUCUGCUGCCGAUGAUGCACUGGACUCGCUGUCCAUUUCCUCCAAGCUCAAGAACUUGAGCAUUUCCAAAUUGUUCAGAAGCUUCCACAUCAAUGACGAUACAGAACUUAAUAACUUCACUAGAAUUUUGAAGCCUGGGCCAGCUAUUAGUCAGUAUGGCUCAAACUACAGACCUAAGACACCAAGAUAUGUUGCAAGAGACUUUGAAAAAGAGCCUGAACUUCCUGAUGAGUCUGGGUUCUUUGACUAUAGCUGUGAAUAUUUCCAAGAGCCCCAGAUGUCGAAGACAGAGAUCGAUGAGCCUGGUUCAAAAGAGUAUAUGAAGAGGCUUUGGAGAAGAAACAGAAACGAGAGCACCAUUCAGGAAACCCAGCCUCAAAAGAUGAUGGCUAUUCGUGGCGACUGGAACAGGGAGCUCACUGUUUUGAACAACAAAUCUCAGCCUAAACUCAUCAAGUUCAUGCAAUUCGAAAAACUUCUUGUUGCUUCGGACGAAAAGGAUAACGUCUCCGUGUGGAACUGGGAGAAUAAGGAGAUGGUUACGAAGUUCUCCAACAGCAAUCCCUUUGGCACAAAGAUUACCGAUAUCAAGUUCAUCAACGAGGACGACGAACCGUUGGUCAUGACAGGCUCGUCGGAUGGUGUGAUCAAGAUGUACAAGAACUUCCACCUUGAUCAAGAAGCCAGAGAUGUCGAGCUUGUGACAGCCUGGAGAGCUUUGACAGAUCUUCUUUUGACCUCCAAGAGUUCCGGUCUCAUUAGUGAGUGGCAGCAGUCUAGAGGCUCGCUUUUGGUGAGUGGAGAUGUCAAAAUCAUCCGAGUAUGGGAUGCUCCCAGAGAACUUUGUACCAUCGAUAUUCCCGCGAGAUCUUCAUCGUCCAUCACUUCCCUUACCUCGGAUCAAGUUGCAGGCAACAUAUUCGUGGCAGGGUUUGACGAUGGCAGUUUGAGGGUGUACGAUAGAAGGCUUGAUGCUAGAGAAUCUAUGGUUAAGGUCUGGCAGAAUGGAAGAGGCGCAAUCAAGGAUAUGGGCCGUGGAUCAGUCCGAAACGUGCACAUGCAAAGAGGUGGUUUCCGAGAACUCGUUAGUGGAUCCUCUGACGGAUACGUGAAUCUCUUUGAUAUUCGCUUAUCAGAGCCAGUGCUCACAUUCACCAGCGAUGAACGCAAUAUCAGAUGCAUGGAUGUUCACGAGCAUGCUCCUAUCAUCACCACGGCUUCCAAGCUGGUUGACAUCUGGACCACUAGUGGUGACAUGAUACACACGCUCAAGAACCCACAUGACCACUACUUAGCCAACCGGACUCUGAACUACUUGUCAAAUGUCGCUUUCCAUCCCCACAGAAUGAUGAUUGCCACCAACUACAACCAGGAUGGCAAUAUUAAUGUGUACCAGUGCAGCGACAUUGUGGAGGAGUACUAA